AUGGGACGUAGAGCCGAUGCUACCGGCACUUGGCGCGACGGCUAUGAAGAUUUAUGGCAAAAUGCUAUCCAAGCCGCUACCGAGCACGACACCCGCCUUACCGCAAUUCAACAGCACGUCAACCAAGAGGGUUUUCGUCCCUCCGCUUCCCGUGAUGCUCGUGCCGCCGCAAUUAUCGCGCGGGCAAUCGCAGUGCAAUUGACUCAGCAGUUCAUUGGACGCAAUGGCUUGGCCCGUGGUGGUCGGGCCCGGGGCCGAGGCCGUGGUCGUGGUGAUAUGCGUGGUGGUCGAGGUGGUCGAGGUGGUCGAGGUAGUCGUGGCGGUCGUACUUAUCCUGCUCGUGGAGGUGGUCGACGUGGUCGUGGCUCUGGAGGUAUUCGUGGUGGCCGUGGCCGUGGUCACGGUGCUACCCAAGGCGCUGGAGUGAAUCCUGCCGGCCAGCGAACCCCAUCCGGCCAGCAUGAAGGUCAGGAGCCCGCCCCAAGUCGUGGAACCCAACGGUGGGCAACAGCCCAAACUCUUCAGGAGAUGGCAGACGCCGGCUUUCCCGCGGGACGAGCUCGUCCUGCCUCGUAA